GUUUGUAAACAACUCAGUCGGAAGGUAACUUCCGAUCCUCGCUGGCAUCCUCAACACUGCUCAGCUCGGGCGUGACGACUCAGAGACCUGUCGUGUAGACGCGUAGUGUGUUCUUCUACUCAAGUGCAUCUGUGCUGCGAUGGAGCAGCAAACUGGAGUCGAACCAAUCCCCACACACAUCACUGAGUGUCGACACAUCAUCCGAAGGGUCCCUGCUCCUGGGAUAUGGAGGAUGUUUGAAGUCAACAUUUCUUGUUGUCUUUAAGUCGACUGGAGGACACAACCGUGACACCAGCGAUUAAUACACAGCCGUCGGAGAAAUAGGAGCCUUUGGGUUUGCGGAGCCUCUGAAUCUCUUUCAUUGCCUGAGUACUGUACACCUGUUAAGUUCAAGAUGCCGUGGCCCUUUUCGGAGUCCAUCAAGAAGCGAGCCUGCAGGUACCUCCUGCACCGCUACCUUGGCAACUUCCUGCAGGAGAAGCUGAGCUUGGAUCAGCUCAGUUUGGACCUCUAUCAAGGCACUGGAACACUUGCCCAAGUGCCAUUGGAUAAAUGGUCUCUCAAUGAGCUCCUAGAGACGGCAGACGCCCCCUUUGAAGUGAUCGCCGGGUUCAUCCAGACAAUUUCUCUAACGGUUCCAUGGGCUGCCCUGCUACAGGAAAACUGUGCGCUAGAGGUCAAGGGUUUGGAGAUGGUGCUCAGACCCAGGCCGAGAGUGGCAUCUGGCACUGAGCCCAUGUACUGGUCCAGUUUCAUGACGAGCAGCAUGCAGCUCGCCAAAGAAUGUCUGAGCCAGAAACUCACUGAUGAUAUGGGAGAGAGCUUCCAGCCUUUUGAGGGAUUAGAGAAGUUUGCAGAAACAAUAGAGACAGUUCUGAGGAGGGUCAAAGUGACAUUUGUAGACACUGUCCUCAGAGUCGAACACAUUCCGGAAAAUUCUAAAACUGGAAUUGCUCUUGAGAUACGAAUUAACAAGAUUGUUUACUGUGAUGAGACGGGCGAGGAGAGCUCGAGUGUGAAUGUGCAUCAGCCGACUACAUUUGCACAUAAAAACCUGCAGAUGGAAGGCAUCACCAUAUUUUGGGAUGAAUUUUCUGACGUGUCUCGAGCUGGAUGUAAAUCAUCACCAACUCCAACGGAAACUGAGCCAAAGCUCUCCCCCAGCUGGAAUCCCAAAAUAAUAUGUGAGCCUCAUCCGCAGUUCACAGAGCCUGUAUCCUCCACAAAACCAUUUGAACCUGUGCAGGUUGGGAGCCUUGAUGGCAAAAUUGAGUUGUCCCUCACUCUGAAAAACAAUAUAGCUAUGCCUGGAGCAAAGCUGGAUGUUGUCGGACAUAUAGAAACAUUAAUUUUCCUGCUGUCCCCACGGCAAGUUCAUCUUCUCCUGGACCUGUUCGGUGCGUUCUCUGGUGGAAGUGCACAGGAAUGGGCUAAGGACAGAAAGAGUCGACCGAUGCAGCAGGAAGAUGAGUACCGGCUCCACAUGGAACUGAACCGCUGUCUGAAGAAGGAAACUGUUGUGCCAGGAGCAGACCCCGACCUCGUUGAGAGUCAGACCACCAGAACUGUGUCAAGUCGAGAUGAUGUGUUCUUCUCCAUGGCCGACAUGGACAUGUCUCACAGUUUGUCGUCCCUCCCUCCUCUGGGAGAACCACCCACCGUUGACUUGGAUUUGUCACUUAACAGCAACUACUCUGCCUCCCCAGUAGAGUCUCCCUCUAGAAACCCAACAGCUCUGUGGGAUGAUUACAUGGAUGUACCGCGACACAGAGAGAAGCAGGCCAAUGAAACACUCGUCUACUCACGGGAUUCACAGCUCCCUCAAAAAUUGCUCAGACUGGCCUGCCAUCCAUCCAAAGCCCAUGGUGAUGAGUCCAGGCCAGAGCUGGUGCUGAGGCUGACACUUAGCAGCCUGGCUAUCUCUGUCCUCCACAUCGACCCGCUGCCACCACCAGAUGCUGCCCCUAGGCCCCUUGGCCCCAUGGCUGCACACUUCUUCAGCAUGGUGGGCCAGCUCUCGCCCACUGCUUUCCUUCAGUCUCGGACAGUGUUUAAUCAGGCUUGUCCUCAUGAUCACCUCAGGUUUGUGGGCCAGGGCCUGAAGAUAAACUAUGAGCACAGUCAGGGAUCCAACUUACGGACCUUCAGCACUGACGUCUCUCUAAACCAGAUGGAAUUCCUGGAGUGUCUCUUCCCAUCGGAGGGUGUCAUUGGUGGCUCCCAAAAAGGAAUGCAGUACACUGAGCUCCUGACAUUCGACACCACAGUCAGUGCGGAUGCACCGCUAACUACCUGCCUUCACCUGCUUUACAAACAGGCUGAGCGCAGGGGCCCUCAGGGCGGCCAGGUUCGCUUUAGCACCAUUCCCCGGAAAGCUGAGAUCCUGGUGGAGCUGGGACCGGUGCGAUCUGAGCUGGACAUCAGCAUCGUAGACCGGCUCAACUCGCUGCUACAACCUCAGAAGCUGGUCACUACAGAGAUGAUGGCCUCCCAUAUGUAUACAUCUUAUAAUAAACAUGUCAGCUUGCACAAGGCCUUCACAGAAGUUUUCCUCGAUGACAGCCACACCCCAACCAACUGUCAGGUAUCACUGACUGUAAAUGCCCCAUUGCUCGGCCUUGCAGUCCGAUUUCCCAUCCCCGACCUGCGCUCAGAUCAGGAGAGGGGCGCCUGGUUCAAGAAGUCCCUGCAGAAGGAAGUACUUUACUUGGAGUUUGAAGACCUGGAAGUAAAAACAGAGUUCAUGGGUGGGAGCUCACCUGACCAAACAAAAAUGGAGCUCACUUUUAGAGAACUCAUAGGGAAGUUCCAGGAGGAGCCAGAUCAACCAGCUGCCCGAUUCCUCAGGGUGUCCCACACCAUGGACGGAAACAUGACAUCAUCUGAAAGCGUUAAGUUUGACUGGCCGAGGGUUGUGCUGAAGAUGAACCCUACGGCGGUCCACUCAAUCCUUGAGCGUGUGACAGCUGAGGAUGACGAGGGGGCUGAGGAUCAUUCUCUUGGGGAGGAAGAGGAGGAAGGGGCUGCUCAUUCACUGAAGGAUGUGUGUGACUUUGGGAAACCAGAGCCAUCACCAUUCUCUUCACGUAGGGUCAUGUAUGAGAAUGAGGAGAUGGUCAUUCCUGGUGAUGUUGGUGAGAUGACAGAGUUUCAGGAAAAAACCAUGAACAACUCUCGCUUCAUCCUUGAGUGUUGUCUCCCCAAUGUGCAGUUGGUGCUGCCCAGCAAGACGUUUUAUGAAAAACUACACAACAGGAUAAAUAAUGACCUGCUUCUCUGGGAGCCCACUGCUCCCUCUCCAGUGGAGACCGUUGAGAGCAUGCCAUAUGGCGUUAGCCUCUCUGUCGCCAGUCAAUUGAUCAACACUUACUCCAAGGACAGCUUCAGCCAGUUCCGCUCUACCGGACCCGAGGAGGACACCAGCGGCUCAGAGGAGGAGAACAUGCACUAUUACUCUCCUGCCUCUGACAUGGGCCUCAGGUCUCGUAAGAAGAAAAAGCCCAAAGCUCAGAGCAAGACGUCGCAGAGUUUGUUUUCCGUCAUCCUCAGUGUCAAUCAUGGCUUGGUGUCUCUACAAACUAAUUCUAAGAGGGAAGAUAAAACUGUGCUAAAAAACAAACAUGGCGAGUUCUGGCUGGAGGUGAAGAACGCUGUGCUGUUCAGUGUCACGCAGUAUGAGGGAUAUAAAGACCAACACUACAUCUGCUUCCACACAAGUAGCAUUUGCAUGUAUCAUCAAGGACUUAUGGAUGGUGGAGCCGCUGUCUCAGACAUCAAGUUGCCGUGCAGGACGCAUCCCCAUUGGCUUGAGCCAACUAUCUACCAAUCAGAGACCUCACCUGAGAGAUCCUCAACACCCUCAGAGGGUAUUGGACUGGAGUCCCGCAGCAUGGUGUCUGUCGCUGUCAAAAUCUCGUCACAGAGUGCAGAGCGCAACGUCAAGGAGUUUCUUGUUGCUGUCGGAGUGAGAGGAGCAACCCUUCAGCACAGAGUUGUCCCUCUCAGUCUGGGCUGGAACGACCAGAUUGCUGACUUCCUGAAUAUUUCCGAUGAGCCCGUGUUGGGUUACGCUCCUCCAGCGUCUGUCACCACCCUACAUCUACAUCUAUGGAGCUGCUCUUUAGAUUACAGGCCCCUUUACCUGCCGCUCAGGUCACUGCUGAUUAUCGAGACUUUCAGCAUCUCCAGCAGCCUCUCUUUAGACCACUCCUCUUCAACACUCAGGAUCAUUCUGGACGAAGCUGCUCUGUUCCUCUCAGACAAGAGUAAUGCAGUCUCUGUUAAUCUCGCACGUGACUAUGUCCAAGUGGUCGACAUGGGAACACUGGAGCUGAGGAUUUCAGCUGUCAAACCUGGAGUGGAUGGAAAAUUGGUGGAGCCGAGAUUUGAGCUGCGCUGCUCCAGUGACGCCAUCCACAUCCGAACGUGUUCAGAUUCCUGCGCCGCCCUCAUGAACCUCAUCCAGUAUGUUGCCAGCUAUGGAGACUUGCUGCCAACCGCAGAACCAGAGGCAAAGCAUGGCAGCACUACUCAUAGAUCCAAGGCGGAGUUUCCCAGCCGGCCCCCGUCUCAGACCAUUCUGCUUGCUGAAACUGAGCAGCAGAUCUUGCAGGAUCUGAUGAGUGAGGCGAUGGAGGAGACUGAUGGGCAGCAUACACCUGGGAUACAGCAGAAUGGUGCACUGGAGGAGCGAUAUGAUGACCACGACCCGCCUCGCUCAGACUUGUUCCUGUUCCCAGAUGAGAGUGGGAAUUUGAAUCAGAAUCCCAGCCCCACUUACCCCAUGCUUCACUCUCCUCUCAUCACUCCUGUCCCGAGCCUUGCCCAAGAGACGGAUGACUUUUGUAUCCUGGAAACACCUGGUUCCAGAGGAGAGGAUCGUGAUCAGGAGCCAGUGGUAAAGCAGCUUACCUCAAACCCAGUGGAAAUUAAACAAGAUCACUUCAGCCAGCCUCUGUAUGGGGCCGAUCCCAGUCGCGGAGCCGUGAACUUUCCCAUCCCAGAGGUGCGCUACCUCAUCAAAGAGAUCUCUGUCAUCUGGCACCUUUAUGGUGGGAAAGACUUCGGGAGUCCGACUUUCUCAGCGUCUCCUGCUAGAAGCCGCGGGUCUACACCUCAUAACUCCCCCUCUCAAACUCCAGUCAGACAGGCCAGUGCUCCAGGUCGGGCAGGAGGUGGAAAAGGAAGGAACCCUGAUGUCCUGAUGGAGAUUCAGCUCAGCAAGGUGAGAUUUCAACAUGAGGUAUACCCACAGGCCCAGGUGGCUUCUGGGUCGGCAGGGGAUCAGCCAGUCUCUCGGCAGGUGUUUGUCGUACAGGACCUGGAAAUUCGAGACCGACUGGCAACUUCACAGAUGAAUAAGUUCCUCUACUUGUACUCAAGCAAAGAAAUGCCCCGCAAGGCCCAUUCUAACAUGUUGACAGUUAAAGCACUGCACAUGUGUCCGGAGUCGGGCCAGGCUCCUCAGGAGUGCUGUCUGCGUGUUUCCCUGAUGCCUCUUCGUCUCAAUAUUGAUCAGGACGCACUAUUCUUCUUGAAGGACUUCUUUACAAGUCUUGCCACUGAAGUUGAGUUUUUCUCACCACCUGCUCAAGAAGCGUUCUGUGUUUCCACAAAGAAAUCCUCUGCCCCCGAGAUCUCCUGCAGCUUCUCCAAGCUCGCUGGCAACAGCCAGGACCCGGCACCGAUCAUUUCAGUGCCUGCACAGAGACGUUUGAGCCACAAUGGGUUUUCCACAUCUGGGAGGGAAGAGGUCACUGACAAUGAAUCUCUUUCUUUCAAAGACCAGCCCAUCUUCUUUAGGGAGUUCCGAUUUACCUCCGAGGUUCCCAUUCGCUUGGAUUACCAUGGGAAACAUGUUUCAAUGGAGCAGGGAACAUUUGCAGGAAUCAUUAUCGGGUUGACACAAUUGAACUGUUCAGAGCUGAAACUGAGGCAGUUGUGCUACAGACAAGGACUGUUAGGUGUAGAUAAGCUGUUUUCCUAUGCAAUAAACGAAUGGCUGAAUGACAUAAGGAAGAACCAGCUUCCAGGUCUGCUGGGUGGUGUCGGACCAAUUCACUCACUGGUACAGUUGGUUCAGGGAUUCAGGGACUUGGUCUGGCUCCCGAUCGAGCAGUACAGGAAGGACGGCCGGAUAGUUCGCGGGUUUCAGCGUGGCACCGCCUCCUUUGGAACCUCCACCGCUAUGGCUGCUCUGGAGCUCACCAACAGGAUGGUGCGGACCAUUCAGGCAGCAGCAGAGACGGCCUAUGACAUGGUUUCUCCAGUGCCUGAUGAGAGGGACUCAAAGAGGAUAAAACGGUUCUCUCAUUACGGACUGUCCCAUCAGCCUGUGGACCUGAGAGAAGGUGUGGCCAAAGCCUACACGGUGGUAAAAGAGGGGAUCACGGACACUGCACUGACCAUCUACGACACGGCCACCCGGGAGCACGAGCAGCGUGGGAUGACGGGGGCAGUGGGUGGAGUUCUCCGCCAGCUGCCGCCAGCUGUAGUCAAGCCUCUCAUUAUGGCCACCGAGGCCACCUCCAACGUUUUGGGUGGGAUGAGGAAUCAGAUUCACCCCGACGCUCGCCAGGAGGAAUCGCAGAAGUGGAGGCAGGGCGAGGAGUGAUUCUCGUUGCCGCAUCGCACCUGAAAACCAUGACUGUGCACAAGCGAGGGCUGACAAACGGAGACUUGGAGACUUUCCUCAGAUUAAGAGGAACAUCACAGAGGCUCAUCACAGCCCCGGUGUAAAUAAACACACUGUUCAUCUCGUGGCAUUAUGAGCUUGUGUCAGCUUACCAGUUCCCUCACAGUGCCUUCAUGGUUGUCAGCAUAGUCCAACUGUGUGUCCAGUCAAAGGGAUGUCUGAAGAAUGAUUCAUUUGUGAGCCACAUUGUCUCUAUGUGGAUAAUGAUCUGUUGUAGAUUAGACAAUGGCAUUUUAGAUAUGAACUCAUGAAACGCUGUUGUCUCACGAAGUGCAACCAUUUGCUUCAUUCCCCAACGGCUUUGUUUACAGGUCCUGUGUGUGGUUACGUUCGCUCACUCGGUGUCGACAAACACUAAUAUUGUAGGUGUAAUGACUCUUAAUUUAUAUAACAUGUACUGUAUGUGGGCCCUGUUAUUUACUGUAAAUAGUCCCGAUGUGUAACAUUUCAUGCAAAUACAAGAUGACAAAUCUGACUGAAUGUGUUUUAAGUGACUUGAAGGUUUACUUGCCCAAAUGAAUGAUGUAGGAGAGGAUUUACCAAAUUAGUGAUGAAGUUUCACAAUUUUAUUUUGAGCUGUGAUCAAAUUUUCACACAAUAUGCUGUCCUGAGAAGCUGCUUUCAACAUUCAAUAACAGAUUUAAACGAUUUAUUUCCUGUCUGCUGCUCACAUAUUCAAAUUGUAGACACAGUCUUUUAAAAGGAGCAACGUCGACUUAAGAUGUUCAAGCCGAGUCCUAAUGUCCUGCUCAAAAUCUUUUCUUCCAGUGUCUUUUUGAAUACUAGUAUUUGACGUGAAAUGUCGUGUUGCAGAUAUUUGAUUUGCUAAUUUUUGUGUUUAUGUGCAAAGAAUAUUUCUUGUACAUAUGUGUACAGUUGAUUCUUGAAUUUGUAUUAAAAGCAUGAAAGGGAAUUAAAAAACAGUUGCCACAUUG